AUGAAGCCGAGUCGCCUGGGCCGGACGCCUUUCGGGACGACACGACGCGCAGCGUUCGGGCAGCCCGCGCCAGCGCCCUCCGCGCAGCCCGUGCCGCCUGCGCCGGGCCCGACGGCACCAGCGCCUGCCCCGGACGGCGCUAGGGCGACGCCUGCACGCGGCACGAUCACGGCGCGCGCGACCACUGGCGGCGAACCAGCGCCAGACCCGAAACCUCAAGGCAGGAUGGUCAACAGGGCAGAGAAGCACUUCUGGUGGCCUGGCCGCGAGGCCACGGUGUCUGCUCUUGUUCUCUUCGUCCUCAGUCUCGUCGCUUUCCUCCCCGGCGUCAUGCCGGGCCUGCUCGAGGCGCCGCUGGCCGCGCCUGUGCUGAGCGGGGUCACCAAGCUCUUCGGCGGCCCUGCGCUGAUGAAGAAGAUCGUCGGGGCCGUCCUGGUGAUCCACGCGUUCGAGGCCGUCGCCGCCGUGGCAGCCUGCCUCAAGGGCCGCCUCCCCGGCUCCGCAACAGCGGCCUGGGCCGCGGCGACCUUCACGGGCGGCAUGUACGGGCUGCAGGGCGCGCAGGAGGCUGCGAAGCGGAACACCGCCCGCCUCGCCAAGUCGUCCAGUGCAUAG